AUGACAAAUAUGAUCCAUACCCUAUUACUCUCACUCUCCACAACAUUCUUCGUGCUCGAAACCCAACCCGUUUUCUCAUCAACCGAGCCUUUCUUCGUCCCAAAAUCGACCCAUCUCAGGCCUCUCAGCAAAACCCUAGCCCUUCCCCUCAAAACCCGAGAAAUCCCGAACAAACUCCAAUUCACCCACAAUGUAACCCUAACCGUCUCUCUAUCAGUCGGCACGCCACCGCAGAAUGUUACCAUGGUACUCGACACGGGUAGCGAACUCUCGUGGCUCCAAUGCAACACGACCUGCGCAAACCGACCCGCAUUCGACCCGACCCGUUCUUCAACAUACUCGCCCGUCUCAUGCUCGUCGGCCACUUGCACUGACCGUACGCAGGACUUCUCGAUACCUGCCUCGUGCGACUCGAGAAAUUUAUGCCACGCGAUCCUAUCAUAUGCUGACAUGUCAUCAUCUGAAGGGAAUCUUGCUUCGGAAAGUUUCUCGGUGGGCGGGUUGGGUUUUCCGGGCACGGUUUUCGGGUGUAUGGACUCGGGAUAUAGUAGCAACUCGGAGGAAGACGGUAAGACGACGGGGCUAAUGGGGAUGAAUCGGGGCUCGUUAUCGUUUGUCUCUCAAAUGGGGUUUGGGAAAUUCUCGUACUGCAUAUCCGGGUCGGAUUUUUCCGGCGUGCUCCUGUUCGGGGACUCGAAUUUCACGGCGGGGCUGAUCCUUCCGCUCAACUACACGCCGAUGAUCCAGAUCCAGACUCGGCUGCCGUAUUUCAACCGGGCGGCGUACACGGUCCAGCUGGAAGGGAUAAGGGUGUCGGAGAAGCUUCUACCCCUUCCGAAGUCCGUUUUCGAGCCGGACCAUACCGGGGCGGGUCAGACGAUGGUUGACUCCGGCACGCAGUUCACGUUCCUGCUCGGGCCGGCUUACGCGGCGUUGAGGAGCGAGUUUGUGAACCGGACCGCUGGGUUGCUCCGGGUUGCCGGCGGGCAGCUGCUGUACAGGGUUCCGGGGGAGGUUCGGGGGGCCGAUUCGAUUCAGUGCUUCACGUUUGGGAACUCAGAUCUGGUGGGGAUGGAGGCGUACGUGAUUGGGCAUCACCACCAGCAGAAUGUGUGGAUGGAAUUCGAUCUGCAGAGGGAGAGGAUUGGGGUGGCGCCGGUGAGGUGCGACCAGGCGCGGCGGAGGUUAGGGGUGAGGCCGUAG